AUGUCUCUGCCACGCACGCUCGGGGAGUUGCAGCUCUACCGGGUGCUGCAGAAAGCCAAUCUGCUGGCCUACUAUGAGACCUUCAUCCAGCAGGGUGGUGACGACGUGCAGCAGCUCUGUGAGGCUGCAGAGGACGAGUUUCUGGAGAUCAUGGCACUAGUUGGCAUGGCCACCAAGCCGCUGCACGUGCGUAGGCUGCAGAAGGCUCUCAGAGACUGGGCGGCAAACCCUGCCCUCUUCAGCCAGCCUGUCGCCAACGUUCCCCUCGGGGGGAUCCCUCUGUUCAAAGUUGACGGGACGGGCACGAGCGGAGCAGCUGGAAACAGGAAGUCUGUGAGUAACGGUCAGCCGGGGUCUCCCUGUGAAAGAGAGGAUCGUGCAUGUCUUACGCCGAUGUACAGUGGGAGUCCAAGAAGCCCCUGCUCCCAGGCCUCGCCACAGCCACCAGAUGCACACUACAGGGAAAAACUGUCCCCCAUGGACCCCCACUGGCUCAGUCCGGAGCCUGAUGGCAACAACGCUUUGGCUUCUGCAUCUGGAACCGAAGAGGAGCCAUCCAGCCCACCUAACCAGUCAACAUGUCCUCCUGGUCCCUCCACAUCUCCCGUCCCGUCUGCGUCCUUCGUCCCAGCAGCUCUGUCAGCCUGGCCCGGAGGACAGCUGGACAGGGAGACAGCCAAGGCUGUGGUGGAGAGUGUGGAGAGGCUCUUCAGGACCUUGCCCAGGUCGGAUCCUACAGAGGUGAAGACUCUGUUGAGGAUGAACAAGAAGAUGGCAAAAACUGUGGGUCACAUCUUCAGAAUGGAGUCCCAGGAACCAAACAAGGAGGAGGAGAUCCGCAAGUACAGUCUCAUUUACGGACGCUUUGACUCCAAGAGGAGAGAAGGGAAGCAGCUCACACAUCACGAGUUGAUCAUCAAUGAAGCAGCAGCCCAGUUCUGCAUGCGCGACAACGCUCUUCUGCUCAGACGGGUGGAGCUCUUUUCUCUGGCUCGACAGGUGGCCAGAAAAUGUGCCUACACCUCCACACUAAAGCACGCAAGGUCAAAUGCAGACGAGAACAGCGUUUUGUCCCAGAAGAGACCGAGACACGAGGUGUUCGGUCCUGACGGAGUUUCAUCGCUCCUCAGAGUCGAGGGAUCGGAGAGCGCGACUCAGAGAGCAGAUGACGACAGCUUGUCUGCUGAAAGCCUGGACUCUGUGUCACAUGACUCCAGCUCACAGUGCAACCAGUCUCCAUCCCCCCGUCAUCACUCCGACACCUCCAACCCUGCCAGCUGGAGUCGCCAUCUCAUACAACAAACUCUAAUGGACGAGGGGCUGCGAUUGGCUCGGAUGGUGUCACAUGAUCGGGCGGGAAAACUCACCCUCGGGUCAGAAGGAGCUCACUCAACAGAUCAUGACAGUAAAGGGGAGCGUCUGAGCUUGAUAACAACCUGCAGGAGCAGUAGCCCUUGUAUCACCAAAGAUCAAAUCAUCAACUCCAACCACCGCGGGAAAUGA